AUGGCAGAGGACAAUCUCACCCAUGUGAUGCAAUUCAUUCUCCUGGGAUUUUCUGACCUUCCCAACCUCCAAGGAUUUUUCUUUGAGAUUUCGUUUGUCAUCUACCUAAGUAUAUUGAUAGGAAAUGGCCUCCUCAUUGUCAUAAUCAAGAUCAAUCCAGCUCUCCAUACCCCUAUGUAUUUUUUCCUGGGGAACUUUUCCUUCUUGGAAAUGUGUUAUACAUCAGUCACUUUGCCCAGAAUGUUGACAGAUCUCUGGUCCCAGAAGAGAACUAUUUCAUUGGUAGAAUGUGCUGUACAAGUUUGCUUCCUUUAUAUUCUGGGGGCAGCAGAGUGCUUGGUCCUGGCUGUGAUGGCUUAUGAUCAUUAUGUGGCCAUAUGUAAGCCUCUCUAUUAUCCUCUCAUCAUGAAUCCUACGGCAUGUGUCCAACUGAUUGUGACUUUCUGGGUGGUUGGGGUCCCAGUAAUGAUAGAGGAGAUAUACCAGAUUUUUUCUCUGAACUUCUGUGGAUCUAACAAAAUCAAUCACAUCUUCUGUGAUUCCUCACCUUUAUUCCAAUUGGCCUGUGGGGACACAUACAACAUAGAGGUCUACAUUCAUGUUGUUGCUCUGAUAUUCAUCCUAAUUCCCUUUGUGUUGAUAGUUGCAUCCUAUGUCAAAAUUAUAAGUACCAUCCUGAAAUUGCCUUCAACCUCAGGGAGAUCCAAAGCCUUUCCCACCUGUUCUUCUCACCUCAUGCUUGUGAGCUUAUUCUAUGGAUCUGGAAGUAUUGUGUAUCUGUGGCCAAAAUCUAGUCAAUCAGCUGCAUCAGGCAAAGUGCUUGCUCUUUUUUACACCACUGUUACCCCAAUGUUUAACCCCUUGAUAUACAGCCUGAGAAAUAAGGAUGUCAUUGCUACACUGGGGAAACUACUACCUCAGUCUCACAGGUCAUGA